AUGGCUAUGGCCAAUAAAUACAACACUGAAGAGCUAGUUCAAGCUCAUGUCCUUUUCCGAAAUCAAAUCUUCGCCUUCAUAAAUUCUGGAUCAUUGAGAUGCGCAGUUCAGUUUGGAAUACCAGAUGUUAUUCACAGCCAUGGAAAACCCAUGGCUCUUAGCGAGCUAGUUGUGUUGGUUCAAACUCAUAAGAAUAGAACCCAUUGUUGCGCUUCCAUUCAUCGCCUCAUGCGAGUUCUUGUGCAUUCUGGCUUCUUUGUUGAGCUAGAAGAAGGCUAUGUGCUCAUACUCGCUUCAAGGCUCCUCCUAAAAUAUGAGUCAUUGAGUGUGAGAGCAUACGCCUUGAUGACUUUUCAUCUUGCUAUGGUGAAACCUUGGAGCUUCAUGAGCAAUUGGUUUCAGAAUGAUGAUAAUGUGCCCUUUUAUACAAUUGAACUGAAGAAUUUCUGGGAGUAUAACGCUAAAGAAACAAGCUUUAGCGAUUUGUUUAAUGCAGCCAUGGCUAAUGAUUCCAAGUUCAUCGUAUACUUGAUGAUGAAAGAGUGCAAGGCAGCAUUUGAAGGGUUGAGCUCAUUAGUGGAUGUUGGCGACGGCACGGGGAUCGUAGCCUGGGCCAUUGUUGAAUCAUUCCCUAACAUGAAGUGCACUAUGCUUGAUCUCCCACGCUUGGUUGCUAACUGCCAGGGGAGUGAAAAGCUAGACUUCGUUGGAGGGAGCAUGUUUGAGGCAAUUCCCCUCUCAACUACAAUAUUACAUAAGGAAAUUCUGCAUGAUUGGGAUGAUGAAACUUGUAUAAAGAUAUUGAAGAAAUGUAAAGAAGCAAUUGCAAGCAAGGAAAAUGGUGGCAAGGUGAUCGUCAUUGAUGUCGUGUUGGACAACCAGAAAGAAGAUGAUGGGUUUUUUUUAGCACAACUCUUUCUUGACACAACGAUGUUCGUUGUCUUAGCAUGUAAAGAAAGAGCCAGGAAAGAAUGGGCACAACUCUUCUAUGAAGCUAGUUUCAGUCACCACAAAAUCACUCGAGCUUUGGGAAUUAAGUCUCUCAUUGAGGCUUAUCCUUGA